AUGUACAUGUUGGUUUUUAUCUAUUUGCUUCUACCUUACUCUCUUUUUUCAUUCUUCUCUUUCUCUCUCUCUUUUUUUCUCUCUUUUCUUUCUUUCUCUUCUCUCUUUUUUCUCUCUUUUCUUUCUUUCUUUCUUUCUUUCUUUCUUUUUUCCCUCGCGAAACUUAGUAUAAAAACAUCUAUCAUUCCAUUAUCUAUCUAUUCAUCUAUUCAUCUAUCCAUAUCUAUCAUCUAUCUAUCUAUCUAUCAGACAGUCACUUCAUUAUUUCUCAUUCGGUUCAUUGCCUAUCAGUCAGUUCAUUAUCUAUCUAUCUAUCUAUCUAUCUAUCUAUCUAUCUAUCUAUCUAUCUAUCUAUCAGACAGUCACUUCAUUAUUUCUCAUUCGGUUCAUUGCCUAUCAGUCAGUUCAUUAUCUAUCUAUCUAUCUAUCUAUCUAUCUAUCUAUCUAUCUAUCUAUCUAUCUAUCAGACAGUCACUUCAUUAUUUCUCAUUCGGUUCAUUGCCUAUCAGUCAGUUUAUUAUCUAUCUAUCUAUCUAUCUAUCUAUCUAUCUAUCUAUCUAUCUAUCUAUCUAUCUAUCUAUCUAUCUAUCUAUCAGACAGUCACUUCAUUAUUUCUCAUUCGGUUCAUUGCCUAUCAGUCAGUUCAUUAUCUAUCUAUCUAUCUAUCUAUCUAUCUAUCUAUCUAUCUAUCUAUCUAUCUAUCUAUCUAUCUAUCUAUCUAUCUAUAAAGCAGUCAUUUCAUUAUCACUCCAUCAUUUCAUUAUCUAUCUAUUUCUCUACCUAUCUGUCAGUUCGUCAUUGAUCUAUUUAUCUAUCAGUCAGUUCAUCAUCUCUCUGUCAGUCAGUUUAUUAUUUAUCUAA